CAAUGUUCCGCAGCCUCCGCUCGUCGCCCGCCACGAUCGCCCGUCGCUCCAUGUCGACGGCCUCGCCCUUCGCCGCGUCCAAGGCCUUCGGCGCCGACAUCCAGGCCGUCCAGAUGGCCGACCGCACCGAGCACAUCCUGCCGGGCGGCCGCCACCUCUUUGCCCAGCUGCCCAAGGCCUUUGAAGGCGUCAAGCAGAUCGGCGUCAUUGGCUGGGGCUCGCAAGGGCCCGCCCAGGCCCAGAACAUCCGCGACUCGCUCGAAGGUACCGGCAUCAACGUCAAGGUUGGCCUCCGCGAAAACUCGAGCUCGGCCGCCAAGGCCCGCGCGGUGGGCUUCACCGAAGAGUCCAACUCGCUCGGCGAGAUGUACAACGUGAUCGCCGAGUCGGACAUGGUGCUGCUCCUCACGAGUGAUGCGGCGUGUGUGUCGCUCUACCCCAAGUUCUUCCCGUUGCUCAAGAAGGGCGCGACGCUCGGCCUCUCGCACGGCUACCUCCUCGGCCACCUCAACACGGUGCACGAAUCCUUCCCGAAGGAUAUCAACGUCGUCAUGGUCGCGCCCAAGGGCAUGGGCCCGAGUGUCCGCCGCCUCUACGUCCAAGGCAAGGAGGUCAACGGCGCCGGCAUCAACGCCAGUGUCGCCAUCCACCAGGACGUCAACGGUCGCGCGGCCGACCACGCGCUCGGCUGGAGCGUCGCGCUCGGGUCGCCCUACUCGUUCUACACGACGUUGACGGACGAGUACAAGUCGGACAUCUUUGGCGAGCGCGGUAUCCUCCUCGGCGGCGUCCACGGCCUCAUCGAGGCGCUCUUCCGCCGCUACAUGGGCCAGGGCAAGUCGCCCGAAGACUCUUUCUUGCACGCGGCCGAGUGCAUCACCGGUCCGCUCAACACGAUCAUCUCGCACCACGGCAUCAAGGCCGUCGCCGACCAGUUCUCGGGCAAGGACAAGACGACCUUUGAAGACGCGUACGUGGCAGCCUAUGGCCCGUGCCGCGACAUCCUCGAGGAGAUCUACGACGAAGUCGCGUCGGGCAACGAGAUCAAGUCGGUCAACAUGGCGGUCGACCGCCACGACAAGUUCCCCAUGGGCAAGCUCGACGGCACGUUCACGUGGAAGGUCGGCGAGAAGGUCCGCGCGGCGCGUGUGCCGUCGCAGAUUCCGCUCGAUCCGUUCACGAGCGGCACGUACGUGGCCAUGAUGAUGGCGCAGAUCGACGUGCUCUUGGACCACGGCCACUGCUACUCGGAGGUCGCCAACGAGUCGGUGAUCGAGUCGACCGACUCGCUCAACCCGUACAUGCACGCGCGGGGCGUCGCGUACAUGGUCGACAACUGCUCGACGACCGCGCGUCUCGGGAGCCGCAAGUGGGCGCCUCGCUUCGACUACAUUUUGACCGAGCAGGCCUUUGUCAACGUCGACAACAAGGAGCUGGCUGGCCGCGAUGCGCGCUUGCAGGCGUUCCAAUCGCACAACAUCCACAAGGUGUUGGACAAGUGCUUGCAGCUGCGCCCGACCGUCGACAUUGCCGUCGAGUAGAUUCCGUGCAGAAUACGAGUAUGUAUAUAAAUCCACAUCGUUUGGACGUCUA